AUGACGGCGCAGUCGCCCCCUGGCCGCCUGGGGGCCGCGGGCUGUGCAUCACUGAGGCCCGCGCCUGCCCCUUCCCCAGGGCGCCUUCUGCGCGUCCACUGCGCCCCGCCGGGCACCCCUCACCCUCAGCCUCCCUCUGCCAGUGUCCGCAACCCGACCCCACCUCCCCAGAGCAACGCCUGGCCUGACCCUGGCCUGACCCUGCCCUCCAGCCCCAGCCCACCUUGCUCUGGGAUCCCCAGCCCACCCUCCUCCCCAGGCCUCAACCAAAAGGAGAACUCGGGUCUGCCAGCUCCCGCCACUCACAGGCCCCGGGUGGGCCAGGGCUCGGCCCUGCUGAGGCACAGUGACCGCAGCCCUUGGGACCACGGGUCACCCCUUCCUGCCCGUUGGUGCCUGGAACCGAGUUUGCUGUCUGAGGGCAGGCCAGCUCCACCCCCUACCCAGUCCCCGCCAGAGGAGGGACAGGCUCCAUUCAACCUUAAGGAGCAGACUUGGACUUCGGCGGAUCUCCCUCCGUGUCACGGGUGGGCCUCAUCCGGGGACGUGAACCUUAAGAGGAAGACUGAGGUUUCCGAGGACGAAGGACUUCGGCCUCCCGGCGGCCUCAGACUGGACCGCAGCAUCCGCUUCCCCGCGCUCCAGCCUGCAGAACCCACAGCCACCUUGGAGGCCUGUGUCCUGGGGUGUGCUCCCUCCUCUCUGGCUCCCCCCGCCUCCCCCAUAGGGACCCCUGCGAUUCCAUGGAACCCACUGGGCCGGGUCAUCUCAUCUCAAAGUCCUCAACCUGAUCUGCGAGCCCUCUUCGCCCUGUGAGGUCACGUGGUCACAGGUUUGGGGGUCAGAGCAUGGGUGUCCUUGGGGGCACGAGUCCACCUCCACAUUGCCCUCUGUCGGCAAGGAGAAUGUUAGGGUGAGGACAGGACCAGUCGGGGGCCCAGAGCGUGUGCGGUGCCAGUGGGCUGGACAGCAGGGAGAGGCGUC